CCCCGAGAUGGGCGACAUGGAGUCCUACAAGGUGAUGCUCAACGGGCCGGCGCCCUGGGGGUUCAGGCUGCAGGGAGGGAAGGAUUUCAGCAUGCCGCUCUCCAUCUCUAGGCUGACGCCGGGCGGGAAGGCAGCCCAGGCUGGCGUGGGAGUGGGCGACUGGGUGCUGUACAUCGACGGCGAGAGCACCAGCGCCAUGACGCACAUCGAGGCCCAGAACAGGAUCCGUGCCUGCGGGGACAGGCUCUGCCUCACGCUGAGCAGAGCCCAGAACCACCUGGGGAAGCCGCAGAAGGACUCACUCCCCUGCUCUGAGCCCCCGAAAUAUAACUUCGCUCCCAGCACCGCCCUCAACAAAACAGCUCGGCCCUUUGGGGCCGGCUCGCCUCCGAACCCACGGCCCGGGCUGGUGACGAAACCCGUGACGUACGUGCCCCUGGCGCCCGCCUGCACCCCCCAGCACAAUGGGUGCAGAGCCUUGACAAGUCAGCAGCCGCCGCAGCACCCCACUACCCCCAUAUAUGACCCCAGCAAGUUGCAUCUGAUCGAGGACUCUGAGGACUGGCAGCCCCGCAACACCAACACCCAGUCCCGCUCCUUCCUCAAACUGGCCCAGCUGACGGGCACAGACAGCCUGGAGGAUCCCGAUGAGGAGCUUGUUAGGAAGCCCAGGGGUCCUCGUGUGUCAUUCUGGGGUACCGAGGAGGAGUGCCAGCCCCCGCACUCCCCUGGGACCCCCAUGCGUGACCCGGGCAAGUUGCGGCUGAUCGAGGAUGCUGAGGACUGGCAGCCCCGCACCGGCACCUCCCAGUCCCGCUCCUUCCGCAAACUGGCCCGGCUGACGGGCACAGAUGGCUUGGAGGAUCACGAUGAGGAGCUUGUUAGGAAGCCCAGGGAUUCCCGCGGGUCCUUCUGUGGCACAGUGGAGCAGCGACAGCCCCUGCAGCCCAUGGAGCCCCCCAAGACCCCCACGUGUGACCCGGGCAAGUUGCGGCUGAUCGAGGACGCUGUGGACUGGCAGCCCCACACCGGCACCUCCCAGUCCCGCUCCUUCCGCAAACUGGCCCAGCUGACGGGCACAGAUGGCUUGGAGGAUCACAAUGAGGAGCUUGUUAGGAAGCCCAGGGAUUCCCGCGGGUCCUUCUAUGGCACAGAGGAGCAGUGGCAGCCUGUGGAGCCUGAGGAGCCCCCCGAGACCCCAGCUUGUGACCCGGGCAAGUUGCGGCUGUUUGAGGACGCUGUGGACUGGCAGCCCCGCACCGGCACCUCCCAGUCCCGCUCCUUCCGCAAACUGGCCCGGCUGACGGGCACAGACGGCUUGCAAGAUGAUGAUGUGUUUGUUAGGAAGCCCAGGGAUUCCCGUGGGUCCUUCUGUGGCACAGUGGAGCAGCGGCAGCCCGUGGAGCCCCCCGAGACCCCCGCGUGUGACCCGGGCAAGUUGCGGCUGAUCGAGGAUGCUGAGGACUGGCAGCCCCGCACCGGCACCUCCCAGUCCCGCUCCUUCCGCAAACUGGCCCGGCUGACGGGCACAGACGGCCUGGAGGAUCACAAUGAGGAGCUUGUUAGGAAGCCCAGAGCUGAGGUGGUCACUGCGCUGCAGCACCCGCUCUGUGCUCUCCAAGAUGGGCACCACCAGCACUGGGCCAAUGCUGUGCCCGUUCCGUUCCACGGGGGACCCCGCGUGUCGUUCUAUGGCACAGAGGAGCAGCGGCAGCCCGUGGAGCCUGAGGAGCCCCCCGAAACCCCUGCGUGUGACCCGGGCAAGUUGCGGCUGUUUGAGGACGCUGUGGACUGGCAGCCCCGCACCGGCACCUCCCAGUCCCGCUCCUUCCGCAAACUGGCCCGGCUGACGGGCACAGAUGGCUUGCAAGAUGAUGAUGUGUUUGUUAGGAAGCCCAGGUCUCCGUGCUGGACCCGUCCCCAGGGAGCAGCGAUGAAAACAGAGCCAGGACUGGCCCCCAGGACCCCCGCUGCCACCCCUGGCCCUGCCAGCCGCCCACCCUGGGCUGUGGACCCGUCGUUCGCCGAGCGCUACGCCCCGGACAAGACGAGCACGGUGCUGAGCAAGCACAGCCAGCCGGCCACGCCGACCCCCAUGCAGAACCGCAGCUCCAUCGUGCAGGCGGCCCAGCAGGCGCCCGAAGGCCUGGGCCGCACGCCGCUCUGCUACAAGUGCAACAAGGUCAUCAGGGGCCGCUACCUGGUGGCGCUGGGACAUUACUACCACCCCGAGGAGUUCACCUGCUGCCAGUGCAGGAAGGUGCUGGAUGAGGGGGGUUUCUUCGAGGAGAAGGGCUCCAUCUUCUGCCCCAAGUGCUACGACACGCGCUACGCGCCCAGCUGCGCCAAGUGCAAGAAGAAGAUCACCGGGGAGGUGAUGCACGCGCUGAAGAUGACCUGGCACGUGCAGUGCUUCACCUGCGCAGCCUGCAAAACUCCCAUCCGCAACCGUGCCUUCUACAUGGAGGAGGGACAGCCCUACUGCGAGAGAGACUACGAGAAGAUGUUUGGCACCAAGUGCCGCGGCUGUGACUUCAAGAUCGAUGCCGGGGACCGGUUCCUGGAGGCGCUGGGCUUCAGCUGGCACGACACUUGCUUCGUCUGCGCGAUCUGCCAGACCAACCUGGAAGGGAAGACGUUCUACUCCAAGAAGGACAAGCCGCUGUGCAAGAGCCACGCUUUCUCCCACGUGUGAGGCGCGGGAGGCCGGCUGUGCCCACGCAUGCCCCUGGCCCUGCAUGCUCCUCUCCCACCCCUUCCCCUGCCCCAGGGAGCCAGGCUGGGACCUCACCCCUUCCCCUCGCUCCUGCCUCUUUCCUGGCAGCUCCUGGCUGGGCUCCAGCAGAGGCAGGGCCGGCCUCAGAGCCCCUUCUUGCUGGGUGGCUUCUUCUGUGCCCCCCCGGCUGACCUAGGAGCCCGGGGAAGGGGAUGCCACGUGGCUCUGCUGCCCCUGAGCUGCUCAGCGUGGGGGCUGGAGCCAGGGGUGGGUGCCUGGCUGCAGCGGGGCUGCUCCCUUGCCUGGAUGAGGCCCACCUGCCCUGGCACCAGGGCAGAGACGCUCCUAGCGCAUCCCUGAGCGGGCGAGGACCAGCCCCCAGCCCCUGCCGAGCUCUCCCCCCACCUUCCCCGCUUCGUGCUCAGCGUGUGGGGCUGGAGAAAACCGCCUCUUCUCCCCCUGCCUGCCACGACCCCACUGCCCACUGCCUUGCAGACCGCGGCGGCGCCUUCCCGUGGCUGCGGGCUGGGGGGGCUCUGUGCCUUAUGUCCCUGCGCCCAGCUCCCCGCUGCUCCCCUGGUGGGGGGCUGGUGGGGGGCAGCACCCCCUGCCCGGCCGUGCCGGGGUGCAGGGCCCCGUGCCGGCCUCUGGCUCCCCGCAAGGCUCGGAAACAGCUUCCUACCAAAGAGCGUGUGCCGCCGCUGUCCCAGCACUGUAAAACGCCUCCCCCAAACCCACACUCUCCGGUUGGGCUGCCUCUGAUGUAGCCACGGUGCUUUUAGUGCCUUUAAUAAACACUUCUCUGCAAGUGCC